AUGAAUCAACUCCUCAUGACGAGGUUCAUGACAUCGGCUGGUACGAGGUCUGGUGGCUCGACUAUCAUGGCGGCGAGCCGCCAAGCCACUGAUAUCAGUAAUGGGUCGUUCCAGAACAACGAUAUUGGAGCGUGGUUCAUCUCCGAUCAAGUCACAGCGGAUUCGGGUAUUGUACAGGAAGGUCCCGACGGUGUGCAGUACUCAUUUGCCCUGAUUCCGUCGCAGCAGCAGUUUGCUCAGGUUUAUAUCAACCAGUACAUCCGCUGUGGUGACCCACCUCCGAUUGUCGAGAUCCAAGUGCGCUUCAGCUACCAGUUUACUGGCAAUUCUCAAGGGUGCAGUAUCGCUGCUAGCGUGAACAGGUCGCCCGACAAUAUCCUCACCAUUCAGGAUGACGGACAGUCGCCUGGCGUCUGGCAGCAGUACGAGGGCCCGGUUAUCACGGUGCAGUUGACAUACGAUCCGCUGUUCACGAUCAAGAUGUUGUGCCAAGAGGACACUGCGAACACUGAGGCUAUCCUGAUUACUGAGAUCUCAGUAUACAACUGA